AUGCAAAGGCCCGUUUGUGCUUAUGGCCGUACAGGAUACGGUGCCGGGCCUGGGCGUCCCCCGUUAAUGGACGCCCAAUUCAUGGAUGAUGGAAAAAAGAUGUGCGCAAAGGGCCGCUGCCUGGAGGUCGCCAAGACGCGUCUGGAGCUGGCGCUGGACGCGACAGCAUGCGGGCCGCCAGCCGAGCGCGGGGUGCUGCAAGACCACCUAGCAGCCCCCCGCAUCCAUCAUCCCCACCAGAAGGCUUGGCGUCGGCUGGGUCUUCUCGGACUCAGCAAGCGGCACCCGCCGCUGGUGGAGCACGUCGCAUGCGUUGGUCACAAUUAA